CUUGGCUUCACUCAGCCUCACUGAACCUGAUCCCAGACUCUGCUCCCUGGGUGUGUAACAGCUCUCUGAUCCCGGAAUCCUCUUUGAUUUCAGCUAGAAUGCUGCGCCAAGCACUUCGCAGAUUUGGUCAAAAACUGGUGCGCAGACCUACGCUGGGGGCACCAGCGGCUGAGGAUGACCCAGGGAGAACACUGAACACUCUGGAUUUAGUGACCCAGGUUGUGGGCCACACAGUGGGUGUAGGUGUGUAUGUCCUGGCUUGUGACGUCGUCAGUAAUCAAGCAGGACCUUCUUUUGUGAUUUGCGUUUUGGUGGCCGGCAUAUCUUCUAUGUUGGCUGGGCUGUGCUAUUCAGAGUUUGCUGUCCGCGUUCCCCGUUCUGGCUUUGGAUAUCUCUAUGUCUAUGUCACUAUAGGUGAACUCUGGGCCUUCAUCAGUGGCUGGAGCUUUAUCCUCUCCUAUGUUGUUGGUAUAGCCAUUAUGUUUAGCACAUGGAUCUUAACUUUUGACAACCUGCGAGGGAACGGGCUCUCUCAGACUCUGCAAGAGACCAUCUCAGAGCACAUUCCCCCUGUCGUUCAAGAAUACUUAGAUUUCGUUGUUCUAGGUUUUAUGUUAUUCUUCAUGCAACUCAGGAAUUUUUGGUAUACCAGGUCAUUUUGGUCUACCACUACUGCCAAAGUGGUUACAUUGGCAAAACUUUUGGCUCUCAGUUUUGUCAUCAUCUCUGGCUUCAUUAAGGGGGACCUGCACAACUGGAGGCUCACAGAAGAGGACUACAUAAUGGCUGGACUCAAUGACACGUCUACGUUGAGCCCUCUCGGCUCUGGAGGAUUUAUGCCUUUUGGCUUCAAAGGAAUUCUCCAUGGAGCUGCUACCUAUUUCUAUGCAUUUAUUGGUUUUGACUAUAUUGUUACCAAAACUGAAAAAGCCCAGAAUCCCCAGCAUUCCAUCCCCAGGGGCAUUUUGAUUUCACUGUUCAUCUGCUUUAUGGUGUAUUUUGGUGUCUCUUUAGCACUUACACUUAUGGUGCCUUACUACCAGCUCCAACCAGGGAGCACCUUGCCUGAGGUAUUUCUCUAUAUUGGCUGGGUCCCUGCCUACUAUGUUGUAGCUUUAGCAUUCCUGUGCAUUCUUUCUCUCAGCUUUCGGGGCUUCUGGUGGCCGAUAAUUCGGGGGUUACGCAGGAUGGCAUGGCAUGGCCUCCUGUUCCGUUUCUUUUCCACUGCCUCUUAUCUCCGAAACACUCUUAUCAUGACCAUUGUGCUUCUUGGAAUUAUUACAGUCACUGUAUCCUUCUUGGGAGUCACUGAUAUCUUGGACUUCGGGUCAGUUGGAUCUCUGAUUUCUCAUUCCUUGGUUGCGCUUUGUGUUCUCAUCAUCAGGUAUCAGCCUGGGAGGAAGAAUGAGAGAAAUGAAGCAGAGGUGCAGGAGGAGAAUAGACGUGUAGCAGAGAAGCUGACUCUACAGGGACUACUUUUUCCAGGCUGCUCCACCCCCACUCCACUCUCUGGCCGCGUUGUCUAUGUUUGCUCUUCACUGCUUGUUCUGCUGAUCAUUCUUCUCUGCCUGGUGCUGACCCAGUUGCCAGAUCUGCUUUCUGGAGACCCAGUGUGGAUUUCAGUGCUUGUGCUGCUCCUGGUGCUCAUCACUGGGCUCACUGGCAUCAUCUGGAGACAGCCACAGAGCUCCAGUCCCCUUCCCUUUAAGGUCCCUGCCCUGCCUGUCCUCCCUCUACUGAGCAUCUUUGUAAAUGUUUGCCUUAUGAUGCAGAUGACAGCUGGUACCUGGGCCCUUUUUGGUAUCUGGAUGCUGAUUGGGUUUGCUAUCUACUUUGCCUAUGGGAUCCAGUACAGCUGGGGCACUGAUCUCAUUUAA